AUGCGCCACCACUCGAUGCGCCGCCUGGGCGCUUCGGAUUUUCCCGGAGUCCGCGAGCGCCGCUCCGGCGCCUUCUUCUCCGAGAUCUGGUUUGGCGAGAAACGCCUCAUCCUCGGCACCUUCGACACCACAGAGGAGGCGGCCCGCGUGCACGACGCGGCGGCGUGGCGCCUCCUGAGGCCUCGUCGGAAGAUGAAUUUACCCGACGUGUCGAGCCAGCGGGCGCAGGAUCUCACGCCUCUCCCACGGCUUUUCACCGAUGAGGAUCGUCGUGUCCACCGGAGGCGGCAGCGUCGCCUCGCCAUCGCCGAGAUGGACGUGGAAGCCAUGGUGGUGUGGUGCGAACGCUUCCCGCAGGACAUCGUCGACGAGCGCCAGUUCUACAAGCAAAGGAGGACGAAGAAGGAGGCGAGGAGGACGGAGCGAGCCGCCUAUCGGGAGGACAAGCAUGCGCGGAACAGGCCGCUCAACUGA